AUGCGCGAUAUCUUGCCUAAAUUGGGGCUUCCAGAGGAAUGGGGUACUCUUGAAGGUGGACGGAACUACCUUAGACUGAUUAAAGCCGACAAAAGGGAUGUCCUCGAUCCGUUCGCAAAGCGGAUCGCACUGGUCAUCUUCUAUUUCACCUACGUCCAGCUGCAGAAAACAGAAAAGAAGUCUGGCAAAGGUUCUGUCGCGCAUCAAUUGCUCAGACCUGACUUUCCAGAGCCUGACAAGCCGCUCUUGGAUCAGGUAGCCGGCACUGUACGACUUGGAAAAUGGUGGUGGUGGCUUAUUGCGACUCUGGGACUUGGCAUAUUCUUGACUAACACACAUAACACCGCUAAAUCCAUGCAUAGUAGUAAAUUGAGCAACGAGGAAGCUGCUGCUUUUAUGACCUUUAUUUUGCGUACGCGACCGGGAACUGUGCGCCUAUCUGAAUCUUUGGGGGUUCACCUCCAAGCUCGAAAUAGGGAAGAUGAAUCGAUUGGGCCGAACCAGAAUAACCUGAUUGGGACUGCGGACCUGUUCAGCCCGGAAAGACUGGCAGACGCCCACAGAGAAGACUCGAACGGUCUAGUCAGCCAUCAAACCUGGGAACCCUGGACAAAUAUUGAUAUCGAGACUUGUGCGAAUGACAAGAUACCAGAUUUUCUGGCAUUAAUGCGUCGAUAG